AUGGCUCAUUCCAUUCAGAACUCUAACUUUCCAUAUCUUCCGCUAUCACCACCUCAUUAUCCUCAUUUUCCUCCACCCCAUAAUAUUCCAUUGCCUCCAAAUAUUGCGCCACCUCAUAACACUCCAUCCCCUCCAAACGUUGCACCUCCUCAUAACGUUCCAUCCCCUCCAAACAUUGCACCACCUCAUAACAUUCCAUCCCCUCCAAAUGUUGCACCACCUCAUAAUACUCCAGCCCCUCCCAAAGUGCCACCAGGCAGUAACAGUCCACCUCCAAAAGUAGCUCCACCGCAUAAUCCCAAUGCAUCACCACCACCAUUUCCAGUGCCGACUGCACCACAACCUCCGACAGCAAAACCACCCCCACCUCCCAAUGUAAGACCACCACCUCAUCCUCUUACUCCACCAUCACCACCUCCUUCCCUGCCUCCACCAUUACCACCUCAUAUUCCACCACCCCCACCUCCACCUCCACCAGCGCCAACACCAGGACACCAUUCAACUGUUAUAGUUGUCGUCUUUGUCUCACUUGGAGAGAAAGAAGCGGAUGAUUAA